AUGGUAUCUGCCUUAUUCAAAUUUACAAGGUCCGGACUUGAUCAAAAAUCAAGUAGCCUCUUAGAAGUCGUGGAUUACCCACCCGCCAACAUUUACCCAUGGAGCAUGAUUAGUAGGAUUCAGUUAGUGGUUCGUGCGUACAGAGACCGAAAGGGCUCGGAUGAAUAUAUAUCCCUAAACCAAAGAACUAACCUCAGUGGGCCUAAGUCAUACUCUAAACCACAUGCACCCUGA